AUGCGACGUGAGGACGGCUCAGGGAAGAGAAGAAUGAAGUCCAGAUCUCCACCUCCCCGACACGAACGGCUCAGCACGGCCCGCGCCCCAGCUCCUCCCGUUCCCCGCAGUGCCGGCUCCCAGCUCCGUACCUCCCUCCCCGCGGGGCCCGGCUCGGCACGAGGCAGGCUCCGACCUCCCCGGCGGCAUUUCCCGACGCUCCGCUCCCGCCCCGAGGUCUCCGGGCGGCGGCGGCGGCGGCGGCGGCGGCGGCGGCAGCAGCGUCGGUGGCCCGGCGCAUCGCCGCCCCCCUGCCUCGCCCCCACCCCGCCCCCGCGGCCCCACGCCCGGCGGCCCCGAGGCGGCCCCGGCGGAGGGGAAGGCCCCGGCCCGCCGCCCGGGAGGAGAGGAGCCAGCUCGGCGUCGGGGAGGGCCGCCCCUCCGACCGCACUCACCGCCGAAGCACCUCCAGCGGCCGGGCACAGCCCAGGGAAGGAGGCGGCGGGCCGGGCCGGGCCGGCGGCGCUGGCGGGCUCAGGCCGUGCGAGGGGCGGGGAGGAGGAAGAGCAGGAGGAGGAGGGGGCGGGGGGACGUGGGGGGGCGCCGGGAGGAGGCGCGCGGCCGAAUGGCGGCCACCUCACCGCCCCCCCGGGCCCGCCCGCCACCCAACCGGAAGCGCCGGCUCCGCUCGUGGCCCCGCCCCUCGCGGCCUCCCGCCUUCCCUCGCCGUGA